AUGCAAUUGGUAGCUGUGGUUGCAUUUCUAGCUUUCAGUGGCCUUGCUCUUGCCAACUAUAGGCCUGUCUUUGGUCCAGAAGGAAUCCUGUUCUCACAACCAAACAUUGAUUCUCAGUUACCGGGCUCCGUUUUGCCAUUAAUUGGCUAUCCAACCCCUCCCUCCGCAUCCAAUUCCCCUGCCUCAACCAAGCUGUCAACCAGGACGCCCCACGAUGAACUCAUCAGCGCUUUGCGUGACGAGAACGCAGCACCCAGAAACAUACUCCGAGCCAAGAACGAGGUGAUUACAGUCCAGGUGAACGAGCUGCGCGCGCUGGAGGAUGAACUCGCCGAGAACAACGGCCUGAUCGUGGGCCUCGAGGGCAAACUCCAGGCACACAUCUCAGAACCCUCUCAGCAGAAUAUCUACAACUUCUACGGCGUAAUGAAAAUGACUACCCCACAAAACGUCGACAUUCCAUUGCCUCCUCGUCCUUAG